AUGAAGUACAUCCUCAGCAUUGCCCUCUCGGCAACUCUAGCCACCGCACAAUCCGUCUCUGGAUCCGCCGAGGGCUUCGCAUCGGGCGUCACAGGCGGCGGCGACGCAACUCCCGUCUACCCAUCCGACGCCGCCGAGCUCGAAAGUCUCUUAUCAGGCGACGGCUCACAGGUCAUCGUUCUGACCAAGACCUACGACUUCACAGGCACCACAGCCACCGGCACAGCCUGCUACUCAUGGGGCGAAGGCGAGGGGUGUCAAGCCAUCCUGCAGGACGACUGCGGCAGCGACCCGAGCACAAUUGCGACGUAUGAUGCGGCCGGUCCAACGCCGAUUCCUGUUUCCUCGGACAAGACGCUCCUUGGACAGGGCGAGGGCGCCAUUAAGGGGAAGGGGUUGAGUUUUACCGGUGGGGCGAGUAAUGUUAUUGUCCAGAAUAUCAAGAUCACGGACUUGAACCCGGCGUAUGUCUGGGGUGGGGAUGCGUUAACUUUUGAUGGGAGCAGUUCAAUUUGGAUUGACCAUGUUGAGACAUCCUUGAUCGGCCGUGUGCACUACGUCUUUGGCUUCGAGGCAAACAGCCAGAUCACCCUGUCCAACAACUUCCUCAACGGCGAAACAACCUACUCGACCAGCUGCGACGGGUACCAGUACUGGGGCAUGGAGCUCGUCGGUGCAGACGACUCCAUCACCUUCAAAGGAAACUACCUAUACAAAACAUCCGGCCGCGCACCCGCACUCAGCGGGACAACCAAAUUCCACGCCUGCAACAACGUCUGGAGCGACAACACCGGGCACGCAAUCGAAGGAAACCAGCAAGGCCAGGGUCUCUUCGAGGGGAACGUGUUUACGGAUGUGGCAAACAUCGCAGAUAGCACUACCUGGGAAGGUGGAUCGCUAUUCCUAUCUUCGGCGGAUGGGAGCGGGAAUGAUGCGUGCUCGAGCUAUAUUGGCCGGGAUUGUGUGAGCAGCGUCUAUACGAACAGUGGUGGUGGCGAGGGGUACACGGAUGCGAGCUUCUUGUCUGACUGGGCGGAUUUGACGAUUGCGGAGUGUAGUGAGGCGAGUGAGAUUGAGAGUUCUGUUCCUGACAGUGCGGGGGCGACGUUGUAG